CUUCACCACGCGACACGGCGAUAUCAUCCCCCUCUCCAGCCUGUCCAGUUUGACGCUAAGCACCAAAAGCGCGUACUCGAGAUAGACUGUCCAAGAUGAUGAGUUGGUGGUCUUCGGGGGCCAACACUGCCCUUGACGAGCAGAUAGAAAAGGCCACCAGUAGCAGCUUGGAAGAUAUCGCACUCAACCUCGAGAUCUCCGAUGUCAUUCGCUCCAAGACCGUCCAGCCCAAGGAGGCCAUGCGCUCGCUCAAGAAGCGCAUCAACCACAAGAACCCAAACACACAACUGAGCGCCCUCAACCUUACCGAUACAUGCGUCAAAAAUGGCGGCGCACAUUUCCUUGCCGAAAUCGCCUCGCGCGAGUUCAUGGAGAACCUGGUAGGCCUUCUCAAGGCCGUGGGUCCCGCCGCUCCGAACCCCGACGUCCGAAACAAGAUCCUCGACUUGAUCCAGUCAUGGGCUAUGGCUGCCGAGGGCCGCUACGAACUGUCAUAUAUUGGGGAGGUCUACAAGACGCUUCAGAGGGAGGGCUAUUCUUUCCCACCCAAGCCUACGGUAGCAAGCAGCAUGAUCGAUAGCAGCGCGCCUCCUGAAUGGGUUGACUCGGACGUGUGUAUGAGAUGUCGGACCGCCUUUACGUUUACCAACAGAAAGCACCACUGUCGCAACUGCGGCAACUGCUUCGACCAGCAAUGCUCGAGUAAAUCCCUUCCGCUCCCUCAUCUCGGAAUCAUGCAGGCAGUCCGUGUGGACGAUGGCUGCUACGCAAAACUUACCGACAAAGGCGGGAAAUCCGGAGGGUCCGACCGAAAGCACCAUUCAUCAAGCCGCCAUCACCACCAUCACCACAAACACAAGAGCUCUUCGUCGAUGCAGCCGCGUGACGCUCGGGUGGACGAUAGCUUUGACGAAGACCUAAAGAGGGCUUUGGCUAUGAGUCUGGAGGAAGUAAAGAGUUACUCUCGCGGUCACUCAGAACCAGCGAACAACACACAAUACAAACCGGAUAAGCAGUCUACUUCGGUUUCCAAGAUUGCGGAGGAGGAAGAUGAGGAUCUCAAGGCUGCCAUUGCCGCCUCGCUCGCGGAUAUGGAGGAGCAGAAGAAGAGACAUGCAGCCGCCCUCAAGGAACAGACUUCCAACGUCGGAAGCUCUUCUUCGGCCGCCCCCUUUACGCUUCCAAAGAAUGAUUAUGAGCUCACUCCAGUGGAAGCCGAAAACAUCAACCUUUUUGCUACUUUGGUGGAUCGUCUCCAAACGCAGCCGCCUGGGACUAUCUUGCGCGAACCCCAGAUCCAGGAGCUUUACGAUUCUAUUGGCGCCCUACGACCGAAGCUUGCCCGCACAUAUGGGGAGACGAUGAGUAAACAUGAUACCCUUCUUGACCUACAUGCGAAACUGUCGACUGUCGUCCGCUAUUAUGAUCGAAUGCUUGAGGAACGUUUAUCCAAGGCGUAUGGCCAACACAGCAUUGGCGGAUACAAUCUUCCGGCUCCUCGACAACCUACUGGACCCUAUCCCACGUUAGACCCGAGUGCUCCCAGCGCUCCGGGGGCAGCAGAAAACUUUUAUACUGGCGAGCAACAAGCAGACUACAGCCACGCACCUUACGGACAAUACCCACCGCAACCACCACAGUCACAGUACAUGCCAUACGAUAGACGAAGCUCCAUGGUUGGGCCGUCGAACCCUCAGUAUCCUCAGCAGCAGAUGCCACAACGGACAGGCAGCUGGGGCAAUGCUCCUCCAGCACAGGCACCACAGUACAGCUAUCCAGGCAACGAGGUGGCCCCUAGCCAACCGGGUCAUGCUCAACAGGCGCAGCCAGGUGCACCGGAGUCAGCUCCUGGUGCGCCUAACAACGAUCCGAACGCCUCAUAUUACUACAAUCCCGGUCAGCCUCAGCAACAACAGCAGCAGUCAGCGCAGCAAGCCCCGGCGGCAGCUCCUGACCAUAGUUAUCCCACCCUUCCUCAGCAAGGAAAUUCUUACCAGCCAUCAGUGCCACAAACGCCUGCUUCUGUACCUGUCCAGCCAUCGCAAACCCCACAGCAAGCCCACCAACGGGCACCACCGCCUCAGCAGGCUCCGCAACAGCCAUAUUGGCAGCACUCAGCGGCGCAACAGACUCCUUUACCACCUGUGUGGCAGGCUCCUCAGCAGACUACAACAUAUCCGGGCUAUGAUCAGGAAGCGUUCCCUUCAGCGCCACAGCAUGCGCCAGCCCCAAAGCAGCCUGUUGUUGAGGAAGCACUUAUUGAACUUUGAGUAAUUGUCACUUUUGGAGAUUGUGCCAUAGUAGUAGUGCAAUUAUCUGCAUGGGAGGCGAUGU